UGGAGUUGGUGCCCUCCAGUCCAGGAUCUGAAGACAGUGCUCUCCCUGCCCCGCUACCCAGGGGAGUUCCUGCACCCCGUGGUGUACGCGUGCACGGCGGUCAUGCUGCUCUGCCUCCUGGCCUCCGUCAUUACCUACAUCGUGCACCAGAGCGCCAUCCGCAUCAGUCGCCGGGGCCGGCACACGCUCCUGAACUUCUGCUUCCACGCAGCCCUGACCUUCACGGUGUUUGCCGGUGGCAUCAACCGCACCAAGUAUCCCAUCCUGUGCCAGGCGGUGGGCAUCGUGCUGCACUAUUCCACGCUGUCCACCAUGCUGUGGAUAGGAGUGACUGCCAGGAACAUCUACAAGCAGGUGACCAAGAAGGCCCCUCUGUGCCUGGACGCAGACCAGCCACCGUACCCCAGGCAGCCCCUGCUCAGGUUUUACCUCAUCAGUGGAGGGGUCCCCUUUAUCAUCUGUGGGGUCACGGCUGCCACGAACAUCAGGAAUUACGGGACAGAGGACGAAGACGCGGCGUACUGCUGGAUGGCCUGGGAGCCUAGCCUGGGCGCCUUCUACGGCCCAGCCGCCGUCAUUGCCCUGGUCACCUGCGUGUACUUCCUGGGCACCUACGUGCAGCUGCGGCGCCACCCAGGGCGCAGGUACGAGAUGCGCGCACAGUCCGAGGAGCAGCGGCGGCUGGCCACGCCCGACGGCAGCCGUGGGAUCCGGCCCAGCACCCCACCCGCACGCGAUGCCCCUGGCGCCUCGGUGCUGCAGAACGAGCACUCGUUCCAGGCACAGCUGCGCGCUGCCGCCUUCACGCUGUUCCUGUUCACGGCCACGUGGGCCUUUGGGGCGCUGGCCGUGUCCCAGGGCCACUUCCUGGACAUGGUCUUCAGCUGCCUGUACGGCGCCUUCUGCGUGACACUGGGGCUCUUCGUGCUCAUCCACCACUGCGCCAAGCGCGAGGACGUGUGGCAGUGCUGGUGGGCAUGCUGCCCACGCCGCAGGGAUGCCCACCCCGCACUCGAUGCCAACGGGGCCGCGCUGGGCCGUGCCGCCUGCCUGCAUUCGCCGGGCCUCGGCCAGCCACGGGGCUUCACGCACCCACCGGGACCCUGCAAGAUGACCAACCUGCAGGCCGCACAGGGCCACACCAGUUGUCUGUCCCCAGCCACCCCGUGCUGCGCCAAGAUGCAGGGCGAGCCACUGAUGGCGGACGAGGCACACAUGCACGCACAGGAGGGUGCCUUCGGGCACGACCCUCACCUGCACGGGUGCCUUCAGGGCAGAACUAAGCCGCCCUACUUUAGCCGGCACCCAGCAGAGGAGCCCGAGUAUGCCUACCACAUCCCGUCCAGCCUGGACGGCAGCCCCCGAAGCUCGCGCACAGACAGCCCCCCCAGCUCUCUGGAUGGCCCAGCAGGGGCACACACGCUGGCCUGCUGCACCCAGGGUGACCCCUUCCCCAUGGUCAGCCAGCCUGAGGGCAGCGAUGGGAGCCCUGCCCUCUACAGCUGCCCCACACAGCUGGGCAGGGAGGCAGCGCUUGGGCCCGGCCACCUGGAGAUGCUGCGGAGGACACAGUCCCUGCCCUUUGGUGGCCCCAGCCAGAAUGGGCUGCCCAAGGGUAACUUGCUAGAAGGCCUGCCGUUUGGCACCGAUGGGACCGGCAACAUCCGAACAGGACCCUGGAAAAAUGAAACUACUGUGUAGGCGGAGCAGGGGACACAGUGUUCCUGGAGGAACUUCAGAGCAGAGUGGGGGGCCCAUCUGCCACAUGAGGUCACUGGGGGCACCAAAGUGACCCCACCUUUCAGAAGCAGUUCACACCCCCGCCCCCUUCCUUGUGAAAGACCUCAGCGGGGAAAAGCUCUGGGCCACGCCCACUCCUUUUGUCCCAAUUC